AUGAAGCAAAAUCCAUUGAGAACAAUAGAAAAUCUAACCAAAUUUCAAGAACGUAAUAAUAUGUUACGUGAAAGUAGUAUUGCUCAAGAUCACUGGCAACAUGAACUGAAACGCAUCAUGGAGCAAGAACGAGAUGAGGUAGAUCGAGAGAAGCAAGCUCCAGCCAUCUACGAACAAGAACGAAUCUACCUGCAUAAUCAAUAG